AUGUUUAGCUUUUCGAAUAAGGAAAAAGAGAAAAUUGAACAAAUAGGUGAUUUAAUCACACAAAAAACAGACAAAACAGACAAAACAGAUGAAAUUGUUACUAGUACAAUAACAAAAGUUAUUAAAUUUAAUGACACUCAAUUGACUAACUAUUAUAGAAUCGAUUUAAUGGACUUUAUUGAACCUACUUAUGGAAAUUUAAGACCUACAAGUCUUAAAAUUAAUCUUACUAAUUAUGACGACAAGAUCUCAACAAUCACAUUCUCAUAUAUUCAUACUCCUCUUAUUAAUGAAUUAAUUGAUCACAUCAAUCAAUCUACACUCUCAGUUAAUAAUCAAUUUAAUAAGUCAUUCUCUUAUACUGUUCAAUCCCCUUAUUUAACUUAUUAUCAAUUAGAUUCUCAAAUGAAUUUAACUGACAUCGACAUCUCUCAAUUAACUAAUGUUAAUCUGAUUAAAGAAAGAUCACAAACAGUGUCUCUAGGUGGAAUUUAUCUCUCUCUAAAUAGAUUCUCUUCUGGUUCUUGCUCUGUUGAAUUAUCUAUGACUCUCUCUUACAAGUUAAGACUAUAUUAA